UUUGCCUGACAGUCUGAAUUUAGGGCACUAAAAACAAACUCUAUCUCUGCUUUCCCACAAUCCAUUGCGAACAGAAAGGGUCCCUCUUAUUUGUAUCCAUUGGGGCUCCUGCAGCGAAAUAGAAACGCUCAUCUUACGCGUUACGUUUUCCCGUUAACCGUAUUUAAUGGGCUUUUAUCCGGAUAUCUCACAGUGUUACUAGCCGCUGGGUUUUAUUUCACACGUGUUAGCAGCAGGAUGUCAUACCCUCCUCCCAUGAACCGCCAGCAGAUCGGCAUCCCGCAGUUACCCCCCCGGAUCCCCCCUCCUCAGUAUGCGGGGUUUGCACAGACUGUCCCCCCAGGUACUCCCAUGAUCCCGGUUCAUAUGGGCGUUUUGACCCCCACACCCUCAGUUCUCAUCCCGACCUCAGUGUCUAUAACCCAUAAGCCGAUGCUCAUAAAGAAGGACCCGAUCAUCAGAGCCUCGGACGACAACGGCGGCCCGACCACCACCGUGUUCGUGGGGAACAUCUCUGAAAAGGCUUCUGACAUGUUGGUCAGACAGCUGCUUGCGAAAUGUGGUAUUGUUCUGAGCUGGAAAAGGGUGCAAGGUGCCUCUGGGAAACUUCAAGCGUUUGGGUUCUGUGAGUACAAGGAGCCGGAGUCCACGCUGCGAGCGCUCAGACUUCUUCACGAGCUGAUGUUAGGAGACAAGAAGCUGCUCGUGAAGGUCGACGCCAAGACCAAGAGCCAGCUGGAGGAGUGGAAGGCCAAGAAGAGGAGCGCCAACGGGGGCGCAGGUGUUGGGUCAAAGAACGGGGACGACGAUGACGAUGACGAGGAGGUCCUGGAUGAAGAGACUCUGCACCGGGACCAGGUGGUGAAGGGAGCAAUAGAAAUCCUGACCCGAGAGUACGCCAGCGAGCUGAACGCUCCGUCACAGGACCCCGACAACCAGCCGCGCAACAAGAAGAGGAAGGAGAAGAAGGAGGAGAAGGAGGAUAUCAACGCCAUGGAGAUGGAGGACGACAAGAGAGACCUGAUAUCCAGAGAGAUCAGUAAAUUCAGAGACACACACAAGAAGCUGGAGGAGGAAAAAGGAAAGAAGGAGAAGGAGCGAAUGGAGAUCGAUAAGGAGAGGAGGGAGAGGGACAAAGAGCGGGAGAGAGAGAGGGAGCGCCGGGACCGCGAGAAGGAGAAGGAGAGGGAGAGGGAGAGAGACAAGGAGCGAGAGAGAGACCGGGACCGCGAGAGAGAGAGAGAUCGUGAGCGAGAGAGGACGAAGGAGAGGGAGAGGACGAGGGAGAGAGAGAGGAGUCGAGACGUCAGCGAGGGGCGGAGCAGAUCCAGAGAGAGGACUCGAGAAGACAAGAAACGAGACCGUGAAGAAGACGAGGAGGACGUUUACGAGCGGAGGAGACUGGAGAGGAGGCUCCGAGACAAGGAGGCCGCUUACCAAGAACGCCUGAAAAACUGGGAGAUCCGGGAGAGGAAGAAGGCUCGCGACUACAGCAAAGAGACGGAGCGCGAGGACGAGAGGCGUCGGGAAAUGAUGAAAGAAGCCAAAAGGCUGAAAGAGUUCCUUGAAGAUUACGACGACGACAGAGACGACCCUAAAUACUACAGGGGCAGCGCUCUGCAGAAGAGACUCCGUGACAGAGAAAAGGAGACAGAGCUGGACGAGAGAGACAGGAAGAGAGAGAAGGAGGAGCAUGAGGAGAUCAGACAGAGGCUGCUGGCUGAAGGUCACCCCGACCCUGAGGCUGAGCUGCAGAGGAUGGAGGAGGAGGCCGAGCGCAGACGGCAGCCGCCUCUCAAACUCGAACUGGAGGAGGACAUCGUUCACCGGGAGAAAUCUCACCGUGACCGUGAUCGUGACCGGGAGAAGAGAAGCUCUGGAAGAAGAGAAGAAGAGCCGAUUCCCCGUGCCCCCCCGCAGCAGCAGCAGCAGCAGCAGCAGCAGCAGCAGCAGCAGCAGCAGUCGGACGAUGAUGAUGAAGAGGAGGCGGCGAUGGAGGAAGACUUCCCCGACGCUGAAGACUCACAGGAGGCCGAAGAACCGCCGCAGAUUAAACCCGUCAUGAGGCCCAUCACCACGGCUCCCUCUGUGUCCUCUGGCAGCGGGGACGCCACCCCCAACUCGCCCGGCAACGAGUCCCCCUGCGGCAUCAUCAUCCCGGGGGAAAACUCUCCGGAGGUGCAGCCCCCCGAGGAGCUGCGGCCCAAGAUAGGCCUCAGUCUCAAACUGGGCGCCUCCAACAGCCCCAGCCAGCUGAACGUAGGCAAGCGGAAGAAGCUGGCGACGGUGGAAAGUGUUUUCAACAAGUUUGACGAGGAGGAGGCGGACGAGCAGCCGCGCAAAAGGAAACUGGUUCCUCUGGAUUACGGAGACGACGACAAGAGCCUCGGGCUGGACGGGGCCGAGAUGCCGGGGCCCAAAGGCGGCGUCAACACGGAGGAGAAACGGAAACACAUCAAGAGCCUCAUCGAGAAAAUCCCCACCGCCAGACCGGAGCUGUUCUCCUACCCGCUGGACUGGGCCAUGGUCGACUCGUCUCUGAUGGAUCGCCGCAUUAAACCGUGGAUCAAUAAAAAGAUUAUUGAAUACAUCGGAGAGGAGGAGGCGACGCUGGUGGAGUUUGUCUGCUCAAAGGUGAUGGCACACAGCACCCCUCAGGGAAUUCUUGAUGAUGUUGCAAUGGUUCUGGAUGAAGAGGCAGAAGUGUUCAUAGUGAAAAUGUGGAGGCUGUUGAUUUACGAAACAGAGGCGAAGAAGAUCGGACUCGCGAAAUAAAGACCGCUCGUCUCUCCGUCCGACUUCCUUUUUAAAUCCCAGAUCUGCUGCCCACAGACUGUAAACACAUCACACCCUCCAUCCCAUCAGCAAGGAGCAGCCUUCUGUGUGUGUGUGUGUGUGUAAGAGUGUGUGUGUGUGUAAGAGUGUGUGUCUUGGAAGGGAGAGUGUCAGCUGUGGACAGAAAGGGAUUGCUCAAACAUACUGCAUGAUGAAACUUUGGUUGUGUUUUGUUCCUUUGUUGAUGCUGUUUGAGGCUGGAGACAGUUGCUACCCCCCCUCCCCCCCACACACCCCCACACACACACACACACACUUGGUUCUGCAACACGUUGGACUCUGCUUUGAUUUACUGUCGUCCUGUUGAGGCUCCGUUGUGUGAACUGAUAAUAAAUAUGCUUUUUUUUAA